AUGGUUUACUGUGAUGUAAUAAUUAGUGAUCGGAAUAUUGCCGCGGGUGUUGUGAGUGCAGCGGGUUCUAGUGAUAGUUUAGGUGGAUCAAGUGCUGUUGUUGGUAGUCAAUCACAAAGUACAGGAAGUGCAGGAAAUAGUGGAGGUGGUGGUGGUGGUGGAACACCAUCUAUUUUAACAUCACGUACCGUACGUACCAAAUAUGGUGAUGUUAGUGGCAUUAUUGUCAGUUUAGAUUCAAGACAUUUAGAGCCGGUUGAAGUGUUCCGUGGUAUACCAUAUGCAAUGCCACCAACCGGGAAUUUACGUUUUAUGCCACCCGUAACGGGUGCAUUAUGGUCUGGUGUUAAGUUAGCUGAUAAAUUUAGUCCGGUAUGUCCACAACGAUUGCCUGAUAUACGUAAUGAAACGGCUGCGUUGAAACGUAUGUCCCGCGGGCGUUUAGAAUAUUUAAAGCGUUUAUUACCAUAUUUACAAAAUCAAUCGGAAGACUGUUUAUAUUUGAAUAUUUAUGCGCCUGUUCAAGCGGGUACACGUGAAGGCGGUGGAUCAAAUAAUUUCCGUCGUUAUCCAGUAAUGGUAUUUAUACAUGGUGAAUCAUAUGAAUGGAAUUCUGGGAAUCCAUAUGAUGGAAGUGUUUUAGCUUCAUAUGGUGGCGUUGUUGUAGUUACAAUUAAUUAUCGUUUAGGUGUAUUAGGAUUUCUCAAUGCCAACACAGAUACAUAUACAAGAUCACCAGCAAAUUAUGGUCUUAUGGAUCAAAUAGCUGCAUUACAUUGGCUACAGGAGAAUAUUGCCGUAUUUGGUGGAGAUCCAACAAAUGUAACAAUUGUCGGCCAUGGAACGGGUAGUGCUUGUGUCAAUUUUUUAAUUACCUCCAGUGCUGUACCCGAUGGUUUACUAUUUCAUCGGGCUAUAUUAAUGUCUGGUUCAGCUUUUUCGCCGUGGGCAUUAGUUCAAGAGCCGGCUAGAUAUGCAGCACAAGUGGCACAACAUGCGAAUUGUUCACCAGAGUUACCACAUUCACAUCUGAUGAAAUGUUUACGAGAACGACCAUUAGAUGUGCUGCUAUCAACGCCAGUCAGAGCACCGGAUUUUGCCUUUGCAUUUGGACCAAGUGUAGAUGGUGUAGUCAUAGAUACAGGUGAACCCUCAUCACAACUGCAAGAAAGUCAAAAUUACGAUCAAUCGAAUAACGUAAAUAAAAAAGAACUAAUACCAAAUGCAAUAACAACGUUAAACAACGUACUGCUAAGGAAAACCGCAAUAUCAAAGCUAACACGUUACGAUUUAAUGUUGGGCAUUGUAAAGGCUGAAGCAUACUUUGCAUUUAAUGGUGAAGAUGUACAAUAUGGUAUUGAAGCUGAUCGACGAUCGAAAAUUUUACGAACAUUUGUACGAAAUACAUUCAGCUAUCAUCUAUCGGAAAUAUUAGCAACAAUUGUUAACGAAUACACGGAUUGGGAACGACCUGUCCAACAUCCGAUAAAUAUCAGAGAUGAAACAUUAGAAGCAUUAUCGGAUGCACAAUAUGUUGCGCCGGUUGUACAAACAGCGGAUUUACAUUCGGCGGAACGAAGGAAUUCAUAUUUGUAUGUUUUUGAUUAUCAAACAAAAUUUGGAGAUUAUCCACAGAGACAAGGUUGUAUACAUGGCGAAGAACUUCCAUACAUAUUUGGUGCACCAUUAGUUGGUGGUAUGUCACAUUUCAUACGAAAUUACACAAAAUCUGAGGUACUUUUAGCUGAAGCAACUAUGAUCUAUUGGAGUAAUUUUGCUAGAACUGGAAAUCCUAAUGAGCCACAAGAGACUGAAUCAGCACACGGACGUCAAGAGAGAAACCGGUUUAAGAAUAUCGAAUGGACCGCUUAUGAAGCUGUUCAUAAGAAAUAUUUAAAUUUAGAUACAAAACCAAGAUUAAAAAAUCAUUACCGCGCACAUCGCCUAUCAUUCUGGUUAAAUCUAGUACCAGAUUUACAUCGACCUGGCGGUGAUGAUGUACCAAACUCACACCAUGCAUUGGACGAAGAUGAUAUUAUACCAACACCGAAAAUUCCACCAUUAGCACCUCGCAAACUUAGUCCAACAGAUCUACCGGCAGGCGGCAGUAAUAUAGAUUACACCAAAACAACCUUAUUAGGUUCAUCCCUCGGUGGAAUAUUAAAUUUAACAGGGCAACAUAUUGUGACCACAACAACGGCUGAGAGUAGUAUUAAUAGUGGUUUUGAAACAAGCGAUGACACCGAUUUUGGUUUAUCCACAACACAAAAUUCCAUUGAAGAUGGUUUCGCUGCAUAUUCCACAGCGUUAAGUGUCGUUAUUGCAAUCGGAUGUUCUUUACUAAUAUUAAAUGUGUUAGUAUUCGCUGGUGUGUAUUAUCAACGGGAUAAAUCUCGAUUACAUCAUCACGAACAUAACGGAAAUGGUGGGAAUCCUCCAGGAGUGAUUGGUUCAAACACAAAAAAACGUAAUGAAAAUGGACAAAUCCCGAAUAACAUUUGUGGUGACUUGGAAACAAGUAUUGUUACACUAAAAACGGAUCCAGCGACAAUAUUAAGUCAUCACCAUUCACAUCACACGCAUCAUCAAUUACCCCCACCAGAAUUUGCUGAUUUACCACAAAAUAAUGUAACAUUACCACGUCAUCCACCCCCACCACCGAAGGUUACCAAACCAGUUGGUGCACAUCAUGUGAACACGCUAACGAAUCAACAGCAUCAACAGAAACAAGCGGAAAAUCAACCGUUAUUAUCAGCGCACAGUAUACAAAUGAUAAAUACUGGAACGUUAACCAAAAAAAAUACACAAUUAAAUGCAAAACAAAUGAAUAGUGGGUCACAACAGGUGGGCGGGAAUACAAUGGAAGAGUUAAGAGUGUGACACGAAAGUACUGAAUCCAUGAUUAUACUUUGAUGAUGAGAUCAUCAACUUUGAAGAUCAAUGCGAAGCAUCAUCAAGCGUUACCAAGAAACUUAAACUUAAAAAUAUAUUUAAACUUUACUAUUCUUAUAUAUAUUUUUUAUACUUAAUAUGAUCGGGGAUAUAUAUGGAUGGAACUGCAGGACAGUUUGAUUUGACGGAAGGUCAAAUAGAAGAAAAAAUAAUCUCCCUCCAUGACUGUAUAAAGUUACAUACAAAUUAAGUCAGUGAUUCUCGAGAAAAUAUUGUGUAAAACCUCUUCGAAUAGCAAGAAAUUCUAAUUUAUCUCGAUUAAGAGUAAUUUCGAAAAGAAGUUUAUGAAGAAUCUAAGAUAUGUUGUUGCGUGUAAAAUAACAGAUGGCGUGGUAAAUCGACUAAACUCAUUUUUUUCGUGGUUCUAAGAGAAAUCUUGUUACUGGGAAACCUUAAAGAUUAAUGAAUCGACCAAAAAAGGCUUGCUUCGAUCGAUGCAAUACUUUUAAGGAUAAACACAGGCCUUAUCAAAUGGGGAUUAACUGUACAAGAAAACCUAAAGAAGUUUUUCAAGAGAAACGAUAAUAUUACCAAAAAUAUGUGGGAAGUGAAAUAGCUCUCUUUAAAAAUAUAUCCCGUAAACCAAGAAAUAUAACAACCUCCUCCUUGAGUGCCUUCGAGUGCUCCCACCAUAGCAAGUUUAAAACGAUUUUACGUUCAAAAGUAAAACGAAAGUGGAAAGAUUUAAAAAAAAAGAUACUGUGUAAAAUACAACGAUGCAAGUUCAAUUAAAGCGGCCUAAGCAUUUUUCAUAUAAUUUAAUAGAUUAUUUUAUGCAGACCUCGCAUUAAAAAGUUCAAUUCGAAGUCAGAGAUCCUUCGUACAGGCAGCUUUCACCUAAAUAGACCAAAGUUCCAAGUCAUAGGCAGGUCGGAUUAACCAUUAAACCCCGCAUGCUGUCAGUUGAUGAAAUACUUCCUUACUUACAUUACAGAACCAUCUAUUAACGAGUAGUAAAACUAAUAAUAGGUUGCAUUCUCACGUUACGUUACAUAUUUCAUCUAAUUUUAAGUACAAAGGAUUUAAUAAUAUCUCAAUUAUACAAAGCAGGCAAUAAUUUAACGAUAAUGAUCAAUGGUUCGCUAAAUAUCUUGAGAUAUCUUUGGAAUCGAAUGUUUUUUCUCCGCCCAAAAGCUUGAACACUUGAAUUUUACUUCUGAUCUAAAACGUUUUGAACGCACCAAUAAAAAAAAAAAAAGCAUCCCCGCUCAUAGGUUUAU